AGUUUUACGUUAUCAUUAUUUUCUGUUUUGCUUUCAGCAAUUCUUAGAGCUGCUGAAAAGCAUGACUUCCUCUUCUGCUGUUGAUAAACCUCCGGUAAGACGGGUUGCUAUCUUCGGGGGAACUCAUGGCAAUGAGUUAUCAGGGGUAUUUUUGGUCAAGCACUGGCAAGAGAAUGGAGCUGAGAUUCAAAGAACAGGAAUGGAAGUGAAACCAUUUCUUACCAACCCAAGAGCUGUGAAGAAGUGUACUAGAUACAUUGACUGUGAUCUGAACCGUGUUUUUGACCCUGAUAAUCUUGGCAGGACAGUGGUGGAAGAUAUUCCAUAUGAAGUGAGAAGGGCUCAGGAAAUCAAUCAGAUAUUUGGUCCAAAAGGUAGUGAUGAUGCGUAUGACCUUAUUUUUGACCUUCACAACACCACUUCUAACAUGGGUGGUACCCUUAUUCUUGAAAACUCCAGGGAUGACUUUACAAUUCAAAUGUUUCAUUAUAUCAAGAACGCUUUGGCUCCAGAACGCUGUCCUGUUUUGCUGAUUGAACAUCCUAGCUUGAAAUAUGCAACAACUCGAUCUGUAGCAAAACAUCCUGUUGGUGUGGAGGUGGGUCCCCAGCCACAAGGUGUUGUUAGAGCUGAUAUUUUGGACAAAAUGAGGAAGAUUGUCAAACAUGGCCUUGAUUUUGUGCAACUUUUUAAUGAAGGAAAGGAAUUUCCACCAUGUACAAUUGAGGUUUUUAAAAUAAUGGAGAAAGUAGAUUAUCCCAGGAAUAAGAAUGAUGAAGUUAUUGCUAUUAUUCACCCUAAACUGCAGGAUCAAGACUGGCAGCCACUGAACAAUGGGGAUCCUCUAUUUUUGACUCUUGAUGGAGAAGUAAUUGCAUAUAAAGGGGACUGUACAAUCUAUCCAACAUUUAUUAACGAAGCUGCAUAUUAUGAAAAGAAACAAGCUUUUGUAAAAACAGUAAAAAUGAAACUCUCUGCAAAACAUAUCAGAUGCUCAGUCUUAGACCAGAACACUACUUAAAAACCUAUUACAGAUUUUCAAUACAAAAAGUAGAUUUCUUCUCUGUGAAAUCCAGUGUCAUUCAGUAGU